CAGCCGCUGCGUUCCCAGAGUGCUUAGCGUUGCGUUUCGCCGCGCCGUCGGCAGGGGGCGGCUCGCCGCCGUCGGGUGGGCGCGCCCCGGACAUGGACGCAGAUGAUACAGGAAAUCGACUUCGAUUCCAGUUGGAGCUGGAGUUUGUUCAAUGUCUGGCAAAUCCAAAUUACCUCAACUUUCUUGCACAAAGAGGCUACUUCAAAGAUAAAGCUUUUGUAAAUUAUCUUAAAUAUUUACUUUAUUGGAAAGAACCUGAAUAUGCAAAAUACCUGAAGUAUCCUCAAUGUCUGCAUAUGCUAGAGCUGCUCCAGUAUGAACAUUUCCGCAAAGAGCUGGUCAAUGCUCAGUGUGCCAAAUUUAUUGAUGAGCAACAGAUCCUCCACUGGCAGCACUAUUCCCGGAAAAGGAUGCGCCUCCAGCAGGCACUGGCUGAGCAGCAGCAACAAAACAACACCUCUGUAAAAUGAAAAGCACAUGGAGUAGUGAUGAUAAGGUGUACUUUGUAUUAGUAUUUACAGGAGAUGAAUGAACCCUUGUGCAAGUUUG